ACCGCGGACCCCUGAACGCGACUCUGCGCCGCGCUGAUUGGCCGAGAGGGCGCGGCAGCGUCAUCGCCAAAGUGAUGGCGGCCAGCAACAAGCGAAUCCUCUAUGUCGGCGGGCUGGCGGAGGAGGUGGACGAGAAGGUUUUACAUGCCGCGUUCAUCCCGUUCGGGGACAUCGUGGACAUCCAGAUGCCGCUCGACUAUGAGACAGAAAAGCACCGAGGUUUUGGGUUUGUGGAGUUUGAAGCUGCAGAGGAUUCUGCAGCAGCAAUCGACAACAUGAAUGAGUCGGAGCUGUUUGGUCGCACCAUCCGCGUGAACCUCGCUAAACCCAUGAGGCUCAAGGAGGGCUCCAUGCGACCAGUGUGGUCGGAUGACAACUGGCUGAAGAGGUUUUCUGGGAAGACCAUGGAGACAGAGGAAAAGGGUGGAGAAAAAGUGGAGGAUGCAGCAAAGACGGAGGUUCAGGAGGGGGAGCCGCCAGCAAAGCGUAUUCGAGCAAAUCCCCAGGUGUACAUGGACAUCAAGAUCGGCAACAAGCCAGCCGGGCGACUGCGCAUCCUUCUGCGGGCGGACAUUGUGCCCAUGACAGCAGAUAACUUCCGCAGUCUGUGCACGCACGAGAAGGGCUUUGGCUACAAGGGCAGCUGCUUCCACCGCGUGAUCCCGCAGUUCAUGUGCCAAGGGGGCGACUUCACCAACCACAACGGCACGGGCGGGAAGUCCAUAUACGGGCGGAAGUUCGAAGACGAGAACUUCAUCCUCAAGCACACGGGCCCCGGCAUGAUCUCGAUGGCCAACUCGGGGCCCAACACGAACGGCUCUCAGUUCUUCAUCUCGUGCGAUCGCACGGACUGGCUGGACGGCAAGCACGUAGUGGUGGGGGAGCUCACCGAAGGCAUGGACGUGCUCCGAAAAAUGGAGGCUCAGGGCACGAAGGACGGAAAGCCGCGCGAGAAGAUUAUCAUCUCCGACUGCGGGGAGUUGGAGUGAAGAAGCGGCGCUCGCGCUCAUUCACACGAUCGCGCUCAUUCACACGAUCGCGCGGACAUCGUCCUGCAUCGUCGCAGCGGCCUUGAGCCUCGACUGUUUCAUGACGUGGCCAUGGGCGAUUCGUUGCUUUGUGGUGCUUGGACACGGUCGCACAUCUCGUCGCAUCAAGCCAAUCGAUUGUAAAUGUAAUAACGGGCAUCACACGCGCGCACUAAUUGGAGAUGGCGGGGGAGGGGGUACGGGGAGGAAAUGUGCAUCCGUAGACACGGAAUGACCCUGGUUUAAUGUAUUUUUAUACUGGAAAUCUUAACGGAAUGAAAAAAUGUCGAGCUGUUUUUUUGUAAUAAAAAUGCGUUUAUUUGUUACGCCAUGAGGUUUCAUGGCGUGACAUAUCGUCAAACUGCGUUUUACUAGAUAGUACUUUAUUUACAGCAUUGUGUGAUUCCAUUGCUGGAUCAAAGCUUCUCCCAUGCCAUGUUGGUCAUGUGGGUUAUUUGGCCACAGAUCACAUUGGCAAAACCUGCCACUGAUAUUAGCUGUGGUCUGGAAACAAACUCUGGUGGUCGUUGCUUCAUCUUAUCUUCACGGAAUGUAUAUAGCACCUUAACCAAGGCGCUUUACACGGAAUUAAAAGUAGUUCUUGUGAGUGUAA